CCCCCUCAACACCAACAUCAUUCAUGAACCUUACCCACCUGGGUUUAGGAUGCCUCAAUUCGAGACAUAUGACGGUACCAAGGACCCUGAUGAUCACUUGCACGCAUUCUACUCCGUAAUGCAAGCUCAAAAUGCCUCAGACGCUUUGAUGUGCAAAAUAUUCCCUUCUACCCUGCGUGGAAACGCGUGGACUUGGUAUUACAGCUUGCUACCGAAUUCGAUCAGUUCUUACACCAAACUGGCGACAUCCUUUGCCACGAAUUUUUCCAGUCGCCGGCUGAUCAAGAAAACGACGUUCGAGCUUAUGCGGGUGGCCCAGAGAGAAGGUGAAUCCUUAAAGAACUACAUGAAUAGAUUUAAUGAUGUAGUGUUGGAAAUCGUCUCAUUUAGCCAAGCUGUUGGGUUAGCUGCACUAACCCAGGGCCUCAAGCAUGAGAGGUUCCAAGAUAGCCUCAUAAACCAUGCCCCUUCCAUGUUUGAUGAAGCUAAUGAAAGAUCUUGGAAAUUUAUCCAAGCCGAGGAAUAUGCUUUGUCUGGCAAACCAGCUCCAAAUAAAGAGCUGGACAGACCUUCGGUACCUACCCCGCAGCCUAUGGCAAAGCAAGUUGCUUGGACUCCGUUUAACCUGCCGAGGUCACAGAUCUUAAUGCAAAUCAAAAACAAAAUGGAGCUCAGAAGGCCUCUUCCUAUGCGAAGCUCACCCGCCUCAAGAGAUCAGAGCAGGUAUUGUGACUUCCACCAGGAUCACGGGCACACCACGAAGGAAUGCAACAGCUUGAAGUCCGAGCUUGAGGGUUUAGCUCAGAAAGGGUUGCUAAGUGAGUAUGUCUCCAACAAGGACCAACUCAAGUUUGUUCGGGAACAAGGACGACCUCAAUCAUCUCGAGACGCAAACAAUCGACUUGGAGUUGGAUAUCAACAAGCACCACCUCCACUCCCUCCGCCCUCAUGCGUCAUUCACAUGAUAACAGGAGGGCUCGAAGCCGGAGGGACGAGCUCAAAGCAGCAGAAGUUGUAUGUGCAAGAGGUGAAGCAUCCCAACCGGGCUCAAAAAAGAAAAUUUGAUGAGACAGACUGGAAGAAUCAACCCAUAACAUUCAGUUCCGCUGAUUUUGAUGGUGUUGUCACACCACACAAUGAUCCGCUGGUCACCUCGGUCACGGUCAAUAAUUGUGAAGUUCAGCGCGUCCUUGUAGACAUAGGAAGUGCUCCGGACAUCAUGUACUAUCACUGCUUCGAAAGCCUUGGCCUCGACCCUGCCCUUCUACAGAAGUAUGACGGCCCCAUCUACGGCUUCAACAAUCAACCAGUGCCUAUGGAAGGAAUCCUCAAACUUAGUGUCGCAUUUGGCUCAGGUCGAACCUAUGUAACCCCCUCAGUUCGGUUUUUGAUAGUAAAGAUGGCGUCAUCCUUUAACAUCAUCAUCGGAAGGCCAACCCUAACUGAAAUUAGGGCAGUUGUCUCACCCUCCCACCUCUGCAUGAAAUUUCCCACCCCCAUGGGCGUGGCAGCGUUGAGGGGAAAUCAAGAGAUAGCCCAGCACUGCUACAUGACACUUGAAGGCGAAGCCAGAGCCACUCCGGCAGAAGAGGUGGAGGAGGUGCAGCUUGACGACAAUGAUCCCACUAAAAAGACAAAGAUCGGCACGAAGCUGAACUCCAAAGACCGGGCAGAGCUCAUUGACUUUCUGAGAUCAAACAGAGACGUGUUUGCCUGGACCUCGGCUGAUAUGCCAGGCAUACCCACCUCGGUUGCGGUCCACAAGUUAAGCACUCACCCCUUGAAGAAGCCCAUAGCCCAGAAAAGACGUCUGUUCGGCGGAGAGCGGUUGGAAACCAUCAAGUCAGAAGUACAGAAACUCCUGCAAACCGGGUUUGUAAGAAAAGUAGACUACUGUGAAUGGGUUGCUAAUCCCGUCUUGGUCAAGAAGUCGAACAGCCAAUGGCGAAUGUGUAUUGAUUACACAAAUUUGAAUGACACCUGCCCCAAGGACUACCACCCUUUGCCUAGCAUAGGUCAACUGGUGGAAACUGCGUCCGGAAAUGAAAGGCUUAGCCUUCUGGAUGCCUACUCUGGGUAUCACCAAGUUCACAUGGCACCCGAAGACGAGGUCAAGACCUCUUUCUACGCAGGUGACGAGAUCUACUGCUAUGUAAUGAUGCCGUUUGGGCUUAAGAAUGCUGGGGCUACAUAUCAGAAGAUGGUGACGAUUGUGUUCCGAGCUCAGAUAGGCAAAAAUCUGGAAGUCUACGUUGACGACAUAGUAGUCAAAAGCCUCAAGGCAGGGGACCACCUAACUGACCUGGCAGAAACAUUUAACAACCUCAAAACACACCGCAUGAGAUUGAACCCAGCCAAGUGUGUCUUUGGUGUUGAAUCCGGCAAAUUCCUCGGGUUCAUGGUCUCCAAGAGAGGGAUCGAAGUCAACCCUGAGAAAAUCAAGGCGAUAAAAGAGAUGAAGCCCCCGAACUCAAUUAAGGAUGUGCAGCGCCUAGCUAGGAGAAUUGGAGCUCUGCACAGGUUUGUGUCAAAGUCUGUAGAAAAAUGUCUACCUUUCUUCAAAAUCCUAAGAUCUGUGGCCCAUAAAGACGAAGCAGGGAAACCUAAGAAGUUCGAAUGGACCUCAGAGUGCCAAACCGCCUUCAAUGACCUUAAGUACUACCUCGGCUCACCACCUCUGCUAACCAAGGCUGUAGAAGGCGAAAUCCUUUACCUCUAUCUCAGAAUCUUAGACGCGGCAAGGUCGUCAAUUCGAGCUCAAGCCUCGGCAGACUUUAUCGUCGAAUGCACCUCAAACUCUGAAACCGUCGCUUCUGAAGCCGACCAAUGGACCCUCUAUGUGGAUGGGUCCUCAAGCAGUAGAGGGUCAGGGGCCGGAGCAGUGUUGAUGGGGCCAGGAAGCUUUCAAAGCGAGCAUGCCCUGAAAUUUAAUUUCGAAGCAACAAACAAUAUGGCCGAAUAUGAGGCACUUCUUCUCGGACUUCGCUUAGCAGCUGAGUUGAAGGUCAGAUCCUUGCAAGUUUACAGUGACUCACAACUCAUAGUCAACCAAGUCAACUCUACAUGCGAGGUCACAGAUUCCACCCUUGCCAAGUACUUAGCUGUGGUUCUGAAGUUGAAAAGCCAAUUUGAAAGAUUUCAACUCACCAAAAUCUUGAGGUCCGAAAAUGGCCAUGCUGAUUCGCUAUCAAAGUUAGCUUCCGACUGCUCAAGUGAACUGAGGUCAGUUUUUGUCGAAGUCCUAGACGAACCAAGCUUCCAGAGGUCGCAGGUGAUGGAGGUCAGUACCGACCCCGAAGCCCCCAGCUGGACCGAUCCCAUUAAAGCUUAUCUCCAGGAUGGAACUGUCCCAACUAACAAACAAGAGGAGAUGAAGUUGCGAAGGAAGGCAUCUCGAUACAUCUUGGUGGAUGGUACCCUAUAUAAGAGGUCAUACUCGCUCCCCCUUCUUCAUUGUUUAACUUCUUAUGAGACCCAGUAUGCACUUCGUGAAGUGCAUGAGGGUGUAUGUGGGAGUCAUGUCGGAGCUCGGGCCCUGACUCACAAAGUACUUCGGCAGGGAUACUACUGGCCACACAUGCAAAAAGAUGCCAAAAAGCAUGUCCAAAAAUGCCCGAAGUGCCAGUUCUUUACACAUCUCACCCACCAACUAGCAAAGGAACUCACCACCUUAGUGGCACCGUGGCCCUUUGCACAAUGGGGCAUUGACCUCCUAGGUCCUUUUGUGAAGGGAACAGGGGGCGUAACACACUUAGUCGUGGCAGUCAAUUACUUCACCAAAUUGGUAGAAGCCCGACCUUUUUCUAGCCUGACCUCGAGAAAGAUUGAAGAUUUUGUUUUCAGCUCGGUCAUAUGCAGAUAUGGGAUCCCAAAUCAAGUUGUCGCCGACAAUGGACCUCAGUUCAACUACACCUCAUUCAAAGACUUUUGUUCCAAUUAUGGGAUUAAAUUGGUGUUCACCUCUGUUUAUCAUCCUGAGGCAAAUGGAAUGGUUGAGUCUGUCAAUAAGGCCAUCCUAGAAGGAAUUAAGCCCAUGCUAGAUCAAGUCAAAGCCAAGUGGGCGGACGAGCUCAACAAUGUUCUGUGGGCCUACCGGACUACAAGUCGCACAGCCACAAGCGAACCGCCCUACCACUGGGCUUUUGGGACUGAGGUAGUCAUCCCUGUCGAAAUGGGUGUCCCAAGCCUAAGAGUGACCCAUUUUGACACAACUCGAAAUGAGCAGUUGCUCAGAGAAAACCUCAAUUUUUUGGACGAAGUCCGCGAGGAAGCUCGACUUCGGACAUUAGCAUACAAACAGAAGCUGGCUAACUCAUACAAUAGACGAGUCCGACCUCGAACCUUUAGAGUUGGUGACCUCGUCCUCAGAAAGGCAGGACUCACCGGCUUCGAAACUCGCGCCCAACUGGGAAGGCCCAUAUGUAGUAGCCGAAGUCCCACACCCCGACGCUUACAUACUUGUAGAUGUUGAAGGUAAACGAAUACCUAGGGUUUGGAAUGUAAAUAAUUUAAAGAAGUUUUAUCCAUAAUAAAGCUUCAUUUUAUUC